AUGGGAAAAUCCACCACCCCCAAGACAUCCAAGUCCGCGUCCAAGAUCGAGAAGGCCGACUCGUCGAAGAAGACCAAGUCGUCGACCACGGCCGCCGCGAGCAAGAAGGAUUCGAAGAAGGCCGUCGUCGCCGCCCCCGCCGUUCCCGCCAAGGUGUCCAAAAAGGCGUCCAAGAAACAACCCGAGCCCGAGCCUGAGGAGUCGUCGUCGUCGUCGUCGUCUGAAUCCGAGGACUCGGACGGUGACUCGUCGUCUUCGGAGGAGGAGGCUGCGCCUGCGGUCGAGAAGGCCAAGAAGGGCGCAGCCAAGGUCGUCGCUGCUGUAGCUCCCGCCAUGAUGGGCGAUUCGUCUUCGUCAGAGUCUGACUCGGAUGACUCUUCCGACGACGAGGAGGCUGCUGUGAGUGUUCCUAUUCCUUCCUGGCCGCAUUCCGGGGCCCGCGUUCGCCCUUGAGCAAAUCCGAGCUCCUCCGCGCUUCGCAGCCAGCAGCACCGCCAAAGCUCUCCCCGCGGCUCCCUUCCUACUCUGAUGUGCUUCCCCGCGUUUACUCCUAUUUGCGUCCUGACGCGAGACAGCAUUGCGUUGCUGUCUCUUGCUGUUUGCAUUGCAUCGUUCUACAUCUGUCAUCCGGUUGCCUGAUGUGUGGCUGACUUGACCCACACCCCCUCAUCCCCCCUGCCCUGCGACCCCUUCGUCCGCACCACUCUCUAGCCCGUCAAGGCUGUCAAGAACGCCGCCAAGAAGGUUGUCAAGACCGCCGUCUCUGCCAAGAAGGCCGUCGCUAAUGGCGCCGCCAAGGUCGCAGAGGUCGUCGCUGAAGAGACGUCCUCGUCCGAAGACGACUCGUCCAGCGAGGAUGAGGUGCGUCUUGGUCUCUGUGUCACUAAAAACGCAUGCUGAUGCUUUAUGUAUGCUUCGUCUUUAUGAGUAGGCUCCCAAGGCCAAGAGCAACGGCAAAGCAGCCGCCACCAAGGCCACGGAGGAGUCGGAUGACAGCUCCGAGUCGGCGGACGACUCUGAUGACGAGGAGGUCAGUGAAAGUCGACCCCCAGUCAGUUGACCUGCCCUGUUGACAGCGAACCCUUUGCAUCACAGAAACCCGCCGCCACAAAGGCAGACUCUGACUCGUCCGAUGACUCUGACGACAGCGAUGACGUGAGUCUUCGAAGAGCCUCAAUUUUGCCCGCAUUGCCUUUUGUAUUGACUCCUACGCAUCUUCACGCCGUCAGGAAGAGGAGGAGAAAGCCCCCGCUGUUGCUAGCAAGAAGCGUGCCGCCGACUCCACCGAAGCGCCCGCGAAAAAGGCCAAGACGGCCGAUGCCCCCGCUCCUGCCGCCGAGGCCAGCAACGAUGGCGAGAUUGUGUCUUCCACCGUCUACGUUGGUGGCCUUUCGUGGAACGUCGACAACGAGUGGCUCAAGAGCGAGUUCGAGGUCUGCGGCGAGGUCGUGUCUGCACGUGUCGUAACCGACCGUGAGUCCGGUCGUUCGCGCGGUUUCGGCUACGUCGAGUUCGUCAAGGCCGAGUCGGCGCAGAAGGCGCUCGAGAUGGCCGGCAACGAGAUUGAUGGCCGAUCGAUCAAGGUUGACCUCAGUCAGCCUCGUCCCAACCGCGAGCAAGGCGCUUUCGGCGACAAGCCCAAGAAGACUUUCAACGACACGCUCUCGGGCCCGCCUACGACGACUUUGUUCGUCGGCAACUUGCCCUUCUCGUGCAGCGAGGACAGUGUCUGGUCCGUUUUCGCCGACUUUGGCGACGUCUCGUCGGUUCGCUUGCCGAUGGAUGCCGAGUCUGGGCGACCUAAGGGUUUCGGUUACGUCGAGUUCUCGUCGCUGGAUGGUGCCGAGGCGGCCGUCAAGAAAGGUGGACCGACCGCUGAUGGCGAGGGUGUGCAAGUCGAUGGCCGAACCGUCCGUCUCGACUACUCGCAACCCCGAGGGGAGCGAUCCGACCGAGGUGGAGGAGGUCGUGGUGGAGGUCGUGGUGGCUUCGGCGGUGACCGUGGAGGGCGUGGUGGCCGUGGUGGAGGACGAGGCGGUUUCGGUGGCGACCGUGGCGGACGAGGUGGAGGACGCGGCGGAGGACGAGGUGGCCGACAAGGAGAUUCCGGAUGGGGUGCCCGAGCUGGGUCUGCCCGAACUGGUGGAGCCGCUUCGUUCGAGGGCAAGAAGAUGAAGUUCGACUAG